UGAGAAACGCAAAAUUGACAUGAAUAGACACCUUGAGUUCACGGGCUAAUCGAGACCGGAGAGAGUGAGGUGAAUAGUAGAAGCAACACACAAAAAUGGGGAGCAUAAGCACAAGCAGCAUCAGAGCUCCCCCAACCCGAAGAACAACAGUCACUCCUUUCUCUUCCCUUCUCCCCAAACCCAAACCUCAUUUUCUCUCCCUUUCCACUUCCAAAUCCCACGCAUUCCCUCUCUCCAAGCCCCUAACCAUUUCCCCCAAUUCACAUCCCCUCAUUCCCAAAUCCAUCCCCACCCUCUCCUCCUCCUUCCCCCUAAACCUCAAGUCCCGACUCCGCAACGGAGAGACCCUCUACGGCCUCUUCCUCCUCUCCUUCUCCCCCACCCUCGCCGAGAUCGCGGGCCACGCCGGCUACGACUUCGUCGUCGUCGACAUGGAGCACGGUCCUGGCGGCAUCCACGACGCCCUCCCCUGCCUCCACGCCCUCGCCGCCGCCAACACCGCCGCCAUCCUCCGCGUCCCGGAGUCCACCGCUGCUUGGGCCAAGAAAGCCCUCGACCUCGGCCCACAGGGCCUCAUGUUCCCCAUGAUUGACUCCCUGCAGUCGGCCCAGGACGCGGUCUCCUACUGCCGUUUUCCUCCCACCGGACUCCGCGGCGCGGCCCACCCCAUCGUCCGGGCCUCCAAGUACGGCCUCGACGAGGGGUAUCUCGGUAAUUACCUCGACGAGCUGUUAAUCAUGUGCCAGGUGGAGUCCGAGGAGGGCGUGGCGAACGCUGGCGCGAUCGCCGCUGUUGAUGGUGUGGACUGCGUGCAGAUGGGGCCGUUGGAUCUGAGUGCUAGUUUAGGGUACUUGUGGGACCCUGGGCACAAGAAAGUGAGGGAGGUGUUGAGGGAGGCCGAGAACAAGGUUUUGGAGAGCCGAAACGACGACGUUGAGAGUGGGGCCUACUUGGCGGGUUUCGCUACGGCGUAUGAUGGGGCGAGGGAUUUGAGGUCGCGUGGGUAUCACAUGGUAAGUGGCGCCGUCGACGUGGGGCUGUUCCGGAGCGCGGCCCUGGAGGAUGUCACGCGGUUCAAGAUGGACGGGGAUGGGUCGGAGAGUGAUGAGGGAGAGGAGAAAGAGGGUGAUGAGAAGUACUGGAGUGAAUGAAUGAGUUUUUUUUUUUUUUUUGUAGUUUUGGAAUUUUUGUAAAUUAGGUGAUGUAGUUUAUUUAUGUGACUUUGAUAGCUUGAUCUUUUAAAUGAAAAUGACUCUUUGAUUGCAUA